AUGCACACUCAGAUCCUCUUCAGUGCUAAAUCAAAAAACUACUUCGACCACCAAAGCAAUGACACACCAAUUCUCAACAGUUGUUAUAGCCUCUGGCAGAUAGCAAUCUCUCCUCUGAUCAAACUCUAUUAUCAUAUCUUUACUUCCUUCCAGGCUUGCAUUCAUGAUGAGUCCUUGCCUGUUCUAGCUGAUAUCAUCCAACUCACAGCAGAGCUCACAAGGACUGCCUCUCAGAUAUCGACCAAUGCUUUCAUGUGUCAGGGCUCUACCAGGAAUAUUUUGUGGCAACUGCUUAACCAUCCAGUUUUCCAAGAGCUCAACCUCAACAAGAUGAAUUCAAACCACAUUGCUGAAUUAGGUUGGAGUGGUAAAGGUUCCAUUCAAGGAUCUUUCUCAUAUGCUCAGUACUGGAUGCAGGAAGACACCCAAGUUUCAUGCUACUGCUCUUCAUUCAUUAUCUCCAUUACAGGAUCUUGGAUUGUUAUUUUAGGCACUGUCUUCACAACUCAGCCAAUCAUCCAUCAUGCUAAUGAUAAUGACCAUGCUCUUCAUUUUGCUCAUGUUUUUCAGUCUCUGAGACUAGCCAUCAACAACCUUGAGAAAUACUACAAGAAGCUUGGACUCUCAGACUCCCAUUCCCUACAGACCAUUCACUUCUUUUCCGACAUAACUGAAUAUGAUAAUGACACAAAAGUCAUCAGAUUCCAAUACCUUCAGCCCCUAGAAAUAGAUGCAGCAUGGCUGUUAGCAAGUAAAGGGAAGGCACCAGCACUAAAGUAUUGUGGUCCAAUUUCCAGUGAUGGCAAGUACUGGUAUGGAUCUCUUCAAAUGGUCAUUAUGGAGUUCCUCUGUGGCCAGACGGUAGCACAGAAGUAUGAAGUGAGCAUUGCAGAGACAGUGUAUAAAGCAGUUCCAAGUGCUUCAUUCAUUCAUAGAGAUAUUCACACACCAAAUAUUGUGAUCAUUGAUAGUGUGAGAGAUAAAGGGGAGAGGAUGAGGAUAAUUGAUUUUGACUGGACAGGUGAGCAAAGCAAAAUAAAAUAUCUGCUGCAUAUCAGUGACUAUAUAUGGAACACACUGCAUGUCAAAGACUAUGAUAUUAUUACAUUUCAGCAUGACAUGACAAUGGUUGAUAUGUUAUAG